CUGCAGCUCCCCAGUCAAAUGCUGCAUCUCAGCAUCUCUGGGAGGAGUCACCUAAGAUAAACAUGUCAAGAAUGGUGAGAAUGGUGGAAAAGCACAUUCGGGAAUUCUCAAAUCUUUGUAAGCUUAGCUGAUAUUUUAUCAGAGAUACAUCCAAGUUAAAGAAUCAGCUUGGAUUUCUUGUUAAAUCAUCCUCUAAGGACACUAAGUUUUCUUUUAACAGUACUUAAGGAGAUGGAAGGAAAUGAGACACGCGGUGUUCUCACUGCAAAGAAACAAAGGAAGAGAAAGUGCGUGACUGUCAGAAAUUAUUUCUAAAAAUAGUCAUAUUGCACUUUCCUAUAAGGCAGCAACUGCUCUUUAAAAUGAGAAUAACUCAAACACACUUGAAAUUGAACACUGAAGUCUUUGUUUGAUGUUUCUUCUUUUGCAGGCUUUAUCAUCCUUUCAGAUUGUUUUUCCCUCCUUGCAACACUGAGCUAUUUCAGCCUUGCCUGAAAUCUUUCUACUCCGUUAUCAAACUGACCUUCUUUUUGCACAACCUUUCCCAGACACUGUCCAGACACUUUCUAGCAGCCUUAUUUGUGCAUGAGCAAUGCGUGGAUGAGAAGCCCCAUCUGCUGCUCCCCGUUUCCCUGAAGUGCAGCACAACACUUCUGCUACCUAAUUUCUUGUUUGAGUCUUUGGUGUGCUCUGCUGCUUUGGAGGACUAUUGAAAAUGCAUGCAAUUCAGAAAGACAGAAUACAUGAACAGAAAGAGGGAAAACUAUGGAUGAUGGAGAAAUCAGUACUUAUUCAUUGUAUGAAUGUGGUUACUUUAACAGCCAUAUUGUAACCUGUGUUCUGACCUUCCUUGUUCAAGUGCAACAUACCCAAAAGAUAGUGCCCACCUCAGCCUUGUGCUGCUCUUUGAAGGCAAGAAUGUCCUUGUCAUCCUUGUCAGUGCUGGAGACUGAGAUCUUCCCCUACGUUGAAGCACAUCAAAGCGACUUCAUCGAGAAUCUCAAGGAAUGGGUGGCUGUGAAAAGUGAUUCUGUGCAACCAGACCUGAGGAAAGAAGUAAUACGAAUGAUGUCAUUGGCAGCAGCCAGGCUUGCAGCUUUGGGAGCCACUGUUAAUUCAGUAAGCCUGGGGUCACAGCAGUUGCUGAAUGGCCAGCACCUUCCACUGCCACCUGUUGUUCUCGGGGAACUUGGCAGGGAUCCCCAAAACCUCACAAUCUGUUUCUAUGGCCACGUGGAUGUGCAGCCUGCCAAAAAGGAAGAUGGCUGGAAAACUGACCCUUACACAUUGACUGAAAUCAAUGGAAAUCUCUAUGGGCGUGGAGCAACAGAUAAUAAAGGACCUGUGUUGGCUUGGAUAAAUGCAGUGGAAACGUUUAGAGCCUUGAAAAUAGCUAUGCCAGUAAACUUCAAGUUUGUCAUUGAAGGCAUGGAGGAAGCAGGGUCUUUGGGGCUGGAGAAGCUACUUGAAGAAGAAAAACAGGGCUUUUUAUCAGACGUUGAUUACAUUGUGAUUUCAGACAACCUCUGGCUGAGCAAGAAGAAGCCUGCCCUUAUAUAUGGGACUCGGGGCAAUGCCUGCUUCUCUGUGGAGGUAGAAGGUGGUGACAAGGAUCUUCACUCUGGAACUUUUGGAGGCAUCAUUCAUGAGCCGCUGACAGACCUGAUAGCUCUGCUGGACAGCCUUGUAGAUCCCACAGGUCAUAUUCAGAUCCCUGGAAUCUAUGAUGCUGUUGCUGCCCUGACAGAUGAGGAUAAGAAAUUGUAUGAAUCUAUUGAAUAUGAUAUAGAGGAACACAAAAAUAAUAGUGGAGUGAAAAAACUCCUCUACAGCACCAAGGAAGAAAUACUUCAACACCUGUGGCAUUAUCCUUCUCUCUCUAUUCAUGGGAUUGAAGGAGCUUUUCAUGAACCAGGAAUUAAAACAGUAAUUCCAGCAAAAGUCAUAGGGAAAUUCUCAAUCCGCCAAGUCCCCAACAUGGAUCUUUCAGAUGUGAAACAACAGGUGGUGAACCAUUUGGAGAAUGUAUUUGCCAAGAGGAACAGUCCAAACAAACUGAAGGUGUCCAUGCCCCUGGGUGCUAAACCUUGGGUCGCUGAUGUUAAUGAUCCACUAUAUAAAGCAGCAAAAAGGGCAAUAAGAACAGUUUUUGGAGAAGAUCCAGAUUUUAUUCGGGAUGGUUCAACAAUUCCUAUUGCCAGAAUCUUUCAGACUGUAACAAAGAAAAGGGUGAUAAUGUUUCCGAUUGGAGCAGCUGAUGAUGGGGAACACUCCCAGAAUGAGAAAAUAAGCAGACACAACUACAUUGAAGGAACAAAAGUGUUUGCAGCCUUUUUCCUGGAGAUAUCAAAGCUACGUGGGCAGUUGUGUGAAAGUUCCAACCCAAGGAUCAACGACUGAUAACCAAAUUAUUUAAGCACGUUUUAGUUCUUACGCUUUCUAACCUCCUGAUCUGGAAAAACACAUAAAUCACAUGUUGUAUGGGCCUGAAUGUGAGGAAAAAUAAAUACUGUACUAUUUUUUGGUGUAUCACUAAAUGAUAUAUAUUUGUUAUUCAGUCAAUAUAAUGAACUUAUCCCUGAUGCUAUGAAACAGUUAUGCAUAAUGCCUUUCUACAAAGUGGAGUGUGUUACAUUUAAAAUUUCAAAGCAAAGGGAAUUUUGACUUUUAUUUUAUUAAAACUACUUUAUUUCUCUUUUAUAGUAUGCCUGUGUUUAUGCCACUUACCUCAUAUUUCAGUUUCUGAAUUCAUGCGGUUCAUACCACUUGUUUCCUUCUGCCUAUAUAUAGAAUCUCACUAUGGGCCUUUAUGAAUAAAGAUUACAUUGUUAUGUUAACCUUGUCCUUUGUAGAAGGCUUUAAAUAAGAAGAACAACAGUUAGCCUGCUGAAUUUGAUUCAAAGACUUGUCUAUGAACUUUUAUUUCUAAGAAUAAUUUUUACAGUGAAUAAGUAUUUCCAGGUCUGAGUUCUGUUUUUCCCCCAUUUAGUUCAAUUUUUUUUCUUUUUGUGCUGUGAGCACACUAUUAAGAAUCACUACAUAAUACAUGUUUCUUUAACACUGUGUUCUUUUUGUACAGUAGCAACAAAGUUUUUGAAAAUGUGCUUUGGCCAAAGUCAACCAUCAGAAGGAUGCUUUUUCCACCAAAUCAGCAACUAUUAGUGGCUUAAAAAGCAUCAAUUCAUGUUGAUAAUUGAGUGUGCAUGAUGUAUACUGAAAUUAAUAGUUGAAUGUUCUGUUUGCUGUUUAGGCAAAUCAUCUAGCACAAAUUACACAUCUGUAAAGCUGUAGUAUUAAUCUAUGUUUACUUUGGGUUACUUCUUCAUAGUGGAAUCUAAGUACUGUUUGUUUCAUAUAUCAUACUUCGAAUAAUCUUAUAAGAGGAUGCUUUGCUGAUUAAACCUGCCCAGACAAGAAGAAAACAACCUUGUGGACAUGUAUAACAGCAUCCAAGUCAUGGGUGCCCAACCUCUUGGCUGCCUGGGCCGCACUGAGUGAAUAGGAAUUGUCUAGGCUGUUCCAAAAGUAAUGCCUCUUAUUUAUUUCCA